AUGUCAGUAACAGCUGAGAGACAGGAUGGGGAAAACAACAGGAUAAUGCUCAUAGGAGGCACAGGAUAUCUCGGUAAAUACAUGGCAAAAGCCAGUGUUUCACUUGGUUACCCCACCUCUGUUCUUGUAAGGCCUGAAUCUCUAGCUCCUCAUUCCUCUAAAGCUCGCAUACUUCAAGACUUCACAGAUAUGGGUAUUCAUAUUCUUCAAGGAUCUCUGGAUGACUACGAAAGUCUGGCGAGUGCAUAUAAACAAGUAGAUAUACUCAUAUCCACGCUUGCAAUCCCUCAGCAUAUGGAUCAGCUCAAAAUCAUAAGAGCCAUUCAAGAAGUUGGGAAUUUCAAGAUUUUGUUUUUUAAUUGA